AUGAAUAAAGAAUAGGAACUCAUAGAGAAUAGCCUUUACUUUUAGGAUAUACUUGAAGAGAAUAUUGAAAGCAACGAUUUUUACCUAUAUGAGACCACGUAGGUUGUUCAAUAACCCGUAGAGAAUAAAAACUUCACUUUGAUCAAUAUUCUAGGUUAAAUGAACAUAAAUGAGAAUGUAGAGAUGUUGAUAGAGGAGCCAAACUAUUGAACAGAUACUACAUGAUUUCCUCAUACUUACAUAAUUAUUUAUAUAUAUAUAUCGAAA